CCCUUCCGGCGGAGACACGCCCCGGGGCGGAGCCAAGAGAGUGGAGCGGAGCCGGUAGGAGGCCGGCUGGCAAGUGGCGAAGGGUGACGCAAAUUGUCUGAUGAAUUCUGAUGAGUAUUCUGUGAUGGAUAACAAGGACUUGGAAGCAGAGAUCCACCCUCUGAAGAAUGAGGAUGGGAAAGCUCCAGUCAACCAUGAGAACUGUGCAGAGAAAGAAGGUCUCUGCAGGAAGCCCACCCGCUUGUCUCAGCUCUCCCGAUGGCGCACUGCUGCCUUCUUCCUCUCAUUAUUCCUGUGCCUGAUUGUGGUGUUUGCCUUUUCGUUCAUCAUCCCGUGUCCAGUGAGGCCUGUUUCACAAAGGACAUGGAACAGGAAAUAUGACCGUGCGGUGACCUACAGGUUUCUGGCUGUAGAAGAUGUGAACGAAGACAAAGUGCAAGAUGUUAUCUUCGUUUUCAAAGAUACCAAUGGCAGCAGCAGUUUUAACAGAUCCUGCUCAGAUGAAGGCCUUUCCGCUCCAUGUGCCUUUGUUACUGCUGUCUCGGGCACCAACGGCAGCACGCUCUGGGAGAGGCCUGUCACUGAAGACCUCCUGUGGAUGGAGUGCGCCAUUGAGCAGCUGGGUGGGGCUCAGUCCCCAGGCUGUCUUGUCAUUGGGAACCCAGAGUUACUAACUGCAAUCAACCCUCACACAGACUCAAAGUUUCAUCUAUUCGGGGAAGAAGGGCGAGCAGAUCGGAACCAGUGGCAGACUGAGUCUGGGUGUAAGGCCUGGUUAUCUCAUGCAUGUGACUAAGACUGGCUCCUACUACGUUCUCUUCAAUACUGUAAAUUCUCUUUACGGCUACUCCUUGAAGGAUCUCUACAGCAUGGCAACUGGGAUAGAAAGUAAACUCACCAGCCUCAAGCAAGAUCCUCAGUGGGAGAAGAAGAUCGAGAGCCCCACACAUCACAUACCUCUUCUCAGCUCUGGAGACAUUCGUUACCUGGUGAAGGUUCCCGGGAGAUCAGAGGAGAAUAUCUUGGUUGUGAAGUCAAACAUGGCUGAGCUUCUCGAUGGACAAACUCUUGACUCCCUGUGGACUGUCAACGCCUCCCACAUCUUGAGCGAGCCAGUGUUUGGUUACUACACACCUGACGUUCUCCACAUAGUCCUUGAAAGUGGAGUUGGACCCAACAGGAAGAAGAUCAUGAUUGUUGAGAGUGGCUCUGGAGCAGUCCACUGGGAGCUGGAGCUGAAUUCAAGAGCAGGGAGUCCAAGGCCUGCCACGCUCAAUACUGCAGAUCACCGGUCCAUGUUCCUCUUCUGGGGAGAGUACCAGGCAGAGGCCAAUGAAACGGGCUCCAAAGCGGCUCGCCAGAAUCUGUAUCUGUUCCAUCCAUCCUACCCCAAUGUUCUCAUGGAGCUGAACAAUAGCCCAGACCGAAUAGCCGCCUUCGACGCGGUUCUGUUUGAGCGGAGCCGACAUGCCUGCUACGUGUUGCUGACCGGGCCACAGAGCAGCGAGGGGCCAGGCUGGGUGUCUGUCACCAAGCGGAAGCUGAAAGAGGACAUCACUGGCAGUAGGGUGACCUGGCUGAGCCAGGUGGCAGGGGACAGUGAGCAGUACAUCAGGGACCGCUUCUUCAGGAUGCGAUUCAGCAGCCAAAUGUGAGCUCCCUGGGAGACCCCAGAGAACCAUCUCAGCACUCUCCUCCAGCAAUGGACUCAUUAAACCCAGAUCACGGACUCAUGUGGGAAGCUGACGUUCUUGAUCCACAAGCCAAAGGCCGGCUGCUGAGAAAACAGCCACAGCAAAUCUACCUGUGAGCCCGCAGGGCUUGGGCAUCCCAAAUCCUGCACAAGUGGCUGCCAGCGCAGCCAGCCUCUGAGCUGAUGGGGCUUCAGUUCCUGGGUGUCCCUGAAGUGCCAUCAUUUCCAGGAGAUCUGCCUCUUUCCCUCUCUAAAUCCCGCGAUACUUGCUGUGCUGCAGGGCGUACCUCAGCCGGGGCCGCUUUCCCAAUACGCCCCAAACUAGGACCCAGGGAGGGCAUGUCUGGGUGCUGGAGGGAGGCCUCAGUUGAUUACUCUAACCUCGGUGUUUGCAGUGAGGGAGGGCAUGUGCAUCUGGGUGAGAGCAAGAUGAGGAGGGAGUGUGUGCGCGCUCACGUGUGCGCGUGUGUUCAGCUGUGUGUGCGCGUGCGCUGUUGGAUUUUCUUUCCUGUUUGCCCAUAUAGACAGAUGGGCUCUCCUGAGUAGGAAUUUUUGCCUUUUCCAAAGAGUGGCGUGGACACAGCGUGCUUAGUGUCUCACUGGAAUACGGGAGUGCUGCUCGCCAGGGAUAAUGCAGUGAGAUGGGUACUGAGUGAACCCAGCGGGGCGUGCAAUGGCAGGUGUAUUGGAUAUGGCAGAUAUUCUCUGGCCCAGGAGAGCCACAGACUAAAGUGCAGUUCUACUCUGAAAAUGUCUCUGUAUAAACAGCAGCUCCUUGUUUUCCAAGCCUUCUGCUCCUGUUGCGUACCGAGGUGCAGAGCUGCUGCCUACUGCUGACUGAGAUGCAUAGGCUGCUCUUCCCCCGUUGGUCCUGCCACAGCUGUGCGAGAGGGCACCUGGCUUGGCUCUGGUUCACUCAUCAGGAACAGAAUUGCUAACACAGUUCCACUUGUAGAUGAUGUAAGAGCCAGAACAAGCCCCUGCCUGGCUACCCAGUCCCCAUGGUGCUAGCUCAUGCUCUCUGCUCAUCGGCUGGGCAGAUCGAGUGUAUAUGGGACCCGUGGGGCUGUUUGCAGGCGCUCUUCAGAGUGGAGCUGCCCGUGUUCCUGGCCAGGAGGCCGGCCAGCUGUUCCCAGGGUGCUGCUCGUCAGACAUGAAUUCAGCCUCGCGACCCCUGCGAGGAGCGUCCUCUGAGCACUGUUACCUCACUGAGUGAGGGGGACACGGGGACAGGCUGUGCAGUGUCUGGCCAAGGUCACCCAAGGUCUCUUUGCAGAGUUCUAUUGGCAGCUCUUUCCCAAAGCCCCACCUCCUGAUCCCCUGCUCUAAUGGCUGGGUAACGCUGCCCCUCAGUGCUAGCAGCCGUGUGGAGGGUAGGACACUUGGGUGCCAUUGCAGUGUGGUCAUGUUCAUUUGCUGUCGCUCUGUACUGAGGUUGCAGUGGGAGGGGAAGAAAUGGUGGGGCCUCCCUUGGCAUGCCCUGGGGCACCAUGCUCUGGGGUGAAAUGCCUUGGGGGCCAGGCAGUGCACAGGGGCAGUUCAGUGUGAGGGGCAGUGCCCAGAAGUGCCCUGUCACUGCUCCGGUCGUCACAGCUCCUUGGAGCUCUGUGCUGCAGGCUUGUGAGGUGACUGCUAACCUGGGGUCCUGGUUCUUUGGGAGCAGCAUGAAUCCGUGAAUUCUGCCUGUGUCCAGUGGAGCAGGGGCUGGGUGCUCCGGGGGGAUGCUUGGAGAGGGCACUUCGCUCACCUGUGGAGAGAGCAGGACCUGCGAGGCCUCGGGAAGUGUGUGUGGUGCCCGUGGAGUUGGAGAACUGAUCCCCAGCAGGCACGGACAAGGCUUCCUCACGCUAAGGGCAGGAUGUGAGGCAAGGCUAAGCACUCGCCUCCUCCAGGCAAAAUUAACUGCAGCAUCUACUGUUGGAGUUUGCUGGUGUAGCAACCAACUUUUGACCUUGCACUUCUGUUUCUAAGGGUCCCCUAUGCACAACCCCCCACCCCUUUGUGAAAUUAUACAGUUGUGGAGUGUUCUGCUCAGUACCCUCACCGCUGGAACGGAGCUGCUUUACUGGAGUGAAUUAGUGGAGAGAGCAGAGCUACCCAUCAUGGGGACCGAGUCUCCCACCAUGGCAGCUUGGUUCAGCUGCCCUGCUCUGAGGAUGCCCCCAGAACGUGCAGUCAGUGGGAUGAUGCCUCGGCUCCCUGCUCCUCGUGUCUGGGGAGGGCUCCUCUCUAGCGUUCUCCACAGGGACUGCAGGCUGCAUUGUGUGUUGUGCCAUGGAUUCCCUUGGCUUCUCUCUUGAAAUUCCCCUUCUCCCUAACAUGGUCUUUUGAAUAGUCUGAGUGCUGGAAGCAGAGCCCAGUCUCGUCUUUGCUCUAGCUCAGGUUCCCGUGAUUUGCCCACCCUUCAGGGGCAUGCAAACGACCUGAGACCCAAUCGCCCUGCACGUCCCUGGGUUGUGCCUUUGGACCUGAGGGAUGCCUUACCGCACAGCUGGGCUUCUGGCCCGCACCCUGCUGGUGGCACUGAGCGGCUGUCAGCGGGGAUAGCAGGUUCAGCAUGCCAGGUAACCCACCCACUGAUGGCUUGAGCUGAGAUUCUGGAAGCUUGGCUGUGCUGGUUGCACUGUGCCCUGGGCAAAUGGUAACCCUGCAGCUUGCAAGCCUAUUGAACUGAUAUUUAUCAUCUGCAGAUCAGAUUGUAUCUCACUGAACCUCCUCGAAAGGAACAAGUCUUCAGGGGACGUGGGCUGUGCAUCAGGAUUGCAUUGUGCAUUAAUGAUUCUUGCUGUUUGAGUUUUUCCUCUUCCUUCCUGACCCCCCUAUGCAGACAUAACCCUUCCAGGUAGGCACUCUGAACAUUGCCUCAGGAGAGCAGGAGUCUCCGCUUCGGGAGACUUUUCUGGCUUUAAGUUCCUCUGUUAACACUUUCCCUGAUAACUUGGAAAUCCAGGUUCUCCUGUUAGCAAUGUCAGUGCCAAGCUAACACCCUCGUAAUGAUGCAAGAGUCUAGCUGCUUUUCCCCUGUGUCAUUGUUUUUGCAGCAUUGAGUGAAUGGUUUAAUUGUGCCUUGAUUCAGUAACUCUGCUGGGCGCUACUAGCAGAAAUCACUGCGUGUGUGAACGGUGUAUUUUCUAGCACUAGGAUUAUCGGUUUGGUUCUGUAAUUUAUUGCAAAUGUUGCUGUACUGGGCGUGGUGUAACUGUGAUGAUUCAAUAAACCCUCUUUUGCAUUGUUUGUAAACGGUGCUCUGCUUCUGCUGCUGCCUUUAAUGAACCAGCGUGGCUGAGCCCUGAGCUCAGGACAUGCAGAAUUGGGUUUGACAGAAUAAUAGAAAGUUGUAAAAUGUCCUGAGACCCCUCUUCCCCUCUCACCCCCCACCCCGGAAGGAGGGAAAUUGCUCUGAUGACAUUUCAGAGUAGAGCAGCUUGUCAUGUGUUGCAUGUAGUUUUAAGUAGUAAACUCCCCCCUUCAGUUUGUCGAGAUAGUCUUGUUUGACAGUGCACUGAAAUGAAGUGAUGCCAAGGACCAUGUCACCUGUUCAGUCACUGCGAUGCAUUGAAGCUGCUGUAUAAAAUAGGGACACCAACCAUCUGGGCUAGGCUUGAUCCACAGCGUCAUCAGGAGCACGUCAUGUGACUGUGUGACUAUAACUGGAAAAGGAGAGUUCCUCUCCUUCCUCAAUAGCAGUGGAAUUUAGCCUGCCUUGCCAGUUCUUCAGGGGGACCUGGCCAAGGACUUUAAUAGGACUGGAUGCAUGUGCCCUUUGAGCUGCUUGUGAUAAAUAAAGAGCUGGGGUGUUUUCUCACUUGGUUUUUUCCUACUAGAUCUCUAAACAUACCCAUUGCACCAGAUCACAGCAGAGCCAGUUAUAUCCCCAACUGCGGAUGCUCUUAAAUGGGUUUAAUUGAUCUGGGGCAAUUUCAGUGAGUAGACACAGCCUUAGAUAUCUCAGGCACCCUGGAAGGCCCAUUGGACACCUCAUUCACAUGCUCACUGAAGGGGCCAGGAGUAUUGUCAGUAAGGAGGGGUUCCUGUCUCCAGAAUGUUAAUUAGUCAUGAAGCUCAAUAGAUGCUAAAUUCAAAGUCCCAAAGGGGCAUGAGCACAAUUUUUUCCCUUUGCAGGUCCCAUUUUAUGCUGCAAAUUUAGGAGUCACUUUUCAGUUUCUCUCAGUUCA